AUGGCGUCCACAAUGGCCACCGGGCCUUCGUCCCUAGCGCAUCAUCAACUGCCCGCUCAUCCUGGCUAUGCUCGCACUUCCACGGCUCCCACCACAUCAACGCUCCCAUCACGUCCGCGACCUGCUUCCACCAUUGCAUCCAAGCAGCCCUCCACUCAGACCGCAACCGGCACUGCUCCUGCCGCCUCUUCCAAGUCGUCGUCAAAGAAACCCACGCUGCCACCGCCGCCCAAGGUCAUUAUCGACUCCGAGGGGCGCGCGUUCAAGCGCGGUGAAUUGCUCGGACAGGGAGGUUUCGCACGCGUCUACAUGGCUGUCGACCCGGAAGGCCGACGCAAGGCGUUCAAAGUGAUCGCCAAGUCGGCCAUCGCAAAGUCGCGCAAGAACCGCCAGAAGAUCCUUGCCGAGAUCAUGAUCCACAAGUCGGUCGACCACAUCCACGUCGUCAAGUUCGAAGACUGCUUCGAAGACGACUCGAACGUCUACUUCCGACUCGAGCUGUGCCGCAACGGCUCGCUCAACGACAUUGUCAAGAAGCGCGGUCCCUACACCGAGCCCGAGGCGCGGUACCUCAUGGUGCAGAUCCUCGCAGGCACGCAAAACUUGCACCAGAACAGCAUCAUCCACCGCGACCUCAAACUGGGCAACAUCUUCCUUGACGAACACAUGCACGUCAAGAUUGGCGACUUUGGCCUGGCUGCGCUGCUCAAGCACCCAGAGGAGCGCAAGAAGACGGUCUGUGGCACGCCCAACUACAUCGCCCCCGAGAUCCUGUACGAUCAGGGGCAGGGGCACAGCUUCGAGGUGGAUAUCUGGAGUGUUGGCGUAAUCAUGUAUACGCUCUUGGUUGGCAAGCCGCCGUUUCAGACGCCAAAGGUUGAUGAAAUCUACGAGAGGAUCCGACAAAAUGCCUACGAGAUCCCGGAGAAGGCCGGGCUCAGCACCGAGGCAAUCGACCUGAUCACGAGGAUCUUGACGCACAACCCGGCACAGAGGCCGACGCUGGUGCAGAUCAUGAACCACGCAUGGUUCCAGUGCGGACCCGUCCCGCUCACCAUCCCGCCGACAUCGAUCGAGGGCACCCCAUUCCUGCCCGCCAUCACCGCGCGCGAGAGUGCGCGCAACCUCGACAUGCUCAAGCGCCAGGCCUGCUGGGACGAGCGUGCCGACGACCUGCUCGAGGACGUCGUUGCCGCUGCCGGCGGGGAGGUCUACUCAGAUGCGCACGAGCGUGUUGACGUGCUGGUGGAUGCACGGAGCGAGCUCGAACAGGCCGAGCAGGCCGAGGAGAGGCGCGAGAAGAUGGACCGCGAGGUGCAGCACGCGAUCCAGCCGGAGUCGCCCAUCUCGGCGCUGCUCAAGGCGGGUCGUCAGCCGUUGCUCAAGGCACCCGCUCCCCCGCCGCAGAGCUUUGCGCGGUCGACGGCGAACAGCUUGGCAAAGCAGCUGUCGUCGCUGACACUGUCCAGGGGCCCCGGUGCGGCUGCAGGUGCAGCUGGGGAUAAGGAGAAUGCCAACCCGAUGGCGCCUCCUCUUCCUGCGGCUGCGGCUGUGAGGCCGGAGUUUGGGAGGAUGUAUUCGCGCAAUACCAACGUUGCGGGUGGUGCUGGUGGUGCUCAGGAUGAGCGCGCGCUGCAGCAGAAGGCACGGGUGGUUGCGGGUGGUGCGACUUGCACUGCUGCUGCUGCUGCGGCGGCGGCGGCGGGCGGACUGACACGUCCACUGUCCACCACAUCGUCGCUCAACGAGUACACGCCCUCGCUGGCCCCUUCCUCAUCCCGCGCCACGCUCGCGUCAGUGGGGAGCUCCACCGCGCUCGCUGCGGGCGCCAAAAAGACACGCACGUCGAUCGAAGUGAUCAUCUCGCACCUCGAUGCCGCACUCGCAUGUCUGGAGGCCAACACGCUCUACACGCCGCCCUCGACCUCUGCGAUGGAUUCGGUACGUUUUGUGGAAAAAGCGUGCGAGCUCAACGGCGUGCGCGUGGUGCCCGAGUCGCCACGGACGUUCUUGAUCUCCUGGCUGGACCAUUCGGAGCGGUACGGCUUGGGGUAUGCGCUGAGCGACGGCACAGUGGGCGUGUACUUCCGCGAUGCGACGUCGAUGGUGCUGUCGGCGAGCAAGCGACAUGUGGACUACAUCUCGACCAUUCGUGCUGCCAAAGCACCUGCUCCCGGGGCUCCUGCGGCCGCGGUGGGUGGGCCAAAGACGGACCAGCUGAAGCGGGAGAACUUUGUCAUGCCCGCGAGUGGUGCGGACGAAGGGUCGGUGCCCAAGGAGCUGCACUCGCGCGUGCGCGUCAUGAAGUUCUUCGAAAAGGAAAUCAUGGACCGUCUGUACGGCGCCGACUCGCCGCUCACAUUCAGCGACACGGACCGCACGGUGGGCAUGACGUUCGUGCACAAGUGGUACAAGACCAAAGACGCCAUUGUCUUCCGGCUCUCGAACGGCACGGUGCAGCUCAACUUUUACGACCACACCAAGGUCUUCCUCACGCACGGUGCGCAGGUGGUCAGCGUCAUUGAGCCGCUCGACAAGACGGGCGGGGUGCCGCGCAUCACCAGCUGGACACUGGCCGAGUUUGUCUCGAUCGCGUGUACGGACAGGAGCGCGCGCGAGGCUGAAGAGGAGCAGCGCCUACGCUUCAAUGUUGCAGGCGCCCGUGCCGAGGCCGAGAGGGUGUACCGCACACGCCCGGCUGAGAGGCGCAAGGUGAGGGGGCUCGUCACAAAGCUGAGGUAUGCCGUCGAAGUGCUGCACACGACCGUGCAAAAGAGGGGGGUAGAGAGGAGCGCCUCUGCGACGACCAUGGCUGCUACCGCCGACUAA